UCCUUUCAGUGAAUGUAAGCCACUUCCUGUCCCGUCACCCUCUGGGAACCGACUCCCAGGGUGUCACCGUGGAAUAGCUCCCACAAUGCUUUGCCUUGCGCUCACUUCCGGUAUGUUCCGGAAGUGGCGUGUUAGGCGCGAGCUAUGAGUGGGGCUGGCUGCUAGAGGCCGAAUGCGCAGUAUGGCGGGACUCCGUGGGGCUCUCAUAGUGCUGGAGGGAGCUGACAGAGCCGGCAAAAGCACGCAGGCUCGGCUGCUGGUAGACACUCUGAGAGAGCGCGGUCACAGGGCGGAGGGCCUGCGAUUCCCAGGUAACAGGCUGCCAUUAUAAUGGGGGACCAGGGGAUAUAAACACAAUUACAGCUUAUUACUGAUACUGGCCGGGUAACACGGACAGCUUAUUACUGAUACUGGCCGGGUCACACAGCCAGCUUAUUACUGAUACUGGCCGGGUAACACGGACAGCUUAUUACUGAUACUGGCCGGGUCACACAGCCAGCUUAUUACUGAUACUGGCCGGGUCACACAGCCAGCUUAUUACUGAUACUGGCCGGGUAACACGGACAGCUUAUUACUGAUACUGGCCGGGGUAACACGGACAGCUUAUUACUGAUACUGGCCGGGGUCACACAGCCAGCUUAUUACUGAUACUGGCCGGGGUCACACAGCCAGCUUAUUACUGAUACUGGCCGGGGUCACACACCCAGCUUAUUACUGAUACUGGCCGGGUAACACGGACAGCUUAUUACUGAUACUGGCCGGGUAACACGGACAGCUUAUUACUGAUACUGGCCGGGGUAACACGGACAGCUUAUUACUGAUACUGGCCGGGUCACACGGACAGCUUAUUACCGAUACUGGCCGUGGUAACACGGACAGCUUAUUACCGAUACUGGCCGGGUAACACGGACAGCUUAUUACCGAUACUGGCCGGGGUAACACGGACAGCUUAUUACCGAUACUGGCCGGGGUCACACGGACAGCUUAUUACCGAUACUGGCCGGGGUCACACGGACAGCUUAUUACCGAUACUGGCCGGGGUCACACGGACAGCUUAUUACCGAUACUCGGUCAAAACACGGACAGCUUCAUUACCGAUACUGGUCAAGUAACACGGACAGCUUAUUACCGAUUGAUCGGGUAACACGGAUUAGCCGACAUCGAUAAUUACCGCAACAACGGACAGCUUGAUACCGAUACCGGUCAGUAACACGGAUUUAUUACUGGGAUACCGGCCGGGGUAACACGGACAGUCGAGUUACUGAUAUCAAUAACACGACAGUUUAUUACUGAUACCACGGGUCACACACCCAGCCAUUACUGAUACCGGUCACCACACCCAGCUUAUUACUGAUACCGGCCCGGGUCACACACCCAGCUUUAUUACUGACACCGGCCGGGUAACACGGACAGCUUAUUACUGAUAUCAUCGAGGUAACACGACAGCUUAUUAUCGAUACUCACGAGUAACACGGAUAGCUUAUUACUGGAUACCGGCCGAGAGGUAACACGGACAGCCAUUACUGAUACCGGUCACCGGACAGCUUAUUACUGAUACUGGCCGGGGUAACACGGACAGCUUAUUACUGAUACUGGCCGGGUAACACAGCCAGCUUAUUACUGAUACUGGCCGGGUCACACACCCAGCUUAUUACUGAUACUGGCCGGGUAACACGGACAGCUUAUUACUGAUACUGGCCGGGGUAACACGGACAGCUUAUUACUGAUACUGGCCGGGUCACACAGCCAGCUUAUUACUGAUACUGGCCGGGUAACACGGACAGCUUAUUACUGAUACUGGCCGGGUAACACGGACAGCUUAUUACUGAUACUGGCCGGGGUAACACGGACAGCUUAUUACUGAUACUGGCCGGGUCACACGGACAGCUUAUUACCGAUACUGGCCGUGGUAACACGGACAGCUUAUUACCGAUACUGGCCGGGUAACACGGACAGCUUAUUACCGAUACUGGCCGGGGUAACACGGACAGCUUAUUACCGAUACUGGCCGGGGUCACACGGACAGCUUAUUACCGAUACUGGCCGGGGUCACACGGACAGCUUAUUACCGAUACUGGCCGGGGUCACACGGACAGCUUAUUACCGAUACUGGCCGGGGUCACACGGACAGCUUAUUACCGAUACUGGCCGGGGUCACACGGACAGCUUAUUACCGAUACUGGCCGGGGUCACACGGACAGCUUAUUACCGAUACUGGCCGGGGUCACACGGACAGCUUAUUAACACCGGGUCAACACGACAGUCAUUGAUUGAUACUGGUCAGGUCACACCGACAGCUUAUUACCGAUACUGGCCGGGCCCACAACGGACAGCCAUUACUGAUACCGGUCGGGUCACACGGACAGCUUAUUACUGAUACUGGCCGGGGUCACACGGACAGCUUAUUACUGAUACUGGCCGGGGUCACACGGACAGCUUAUUACUGAUACUGGCCGGGUAACACGGACAGCUUAUUACUGAUACUGGCCGGGGUAACACGGACCGCUUAUUACUGAUACUGGCCGGGUAACACGGACCGCUUAUUACUGGGUCACACGGACAGCUUAUUACUGGGUCACACGGACAGCUUAUUACUGGGUCACACGGACAGCUUAUUACUGGGUCACACGGACAGCUUAUUACUGAUACUGGCCGGGGUCACACGGACAGCUUAUUACUGAUACUGGCCGGGGUCACACGGCGCUCUGACAGCUUAUUAGUGUUACACAAUGUCUAUAUUGAUCUUUUCUACUCAUCUGAAACUCUUGAGGUCUAACUCUUGAUAAAUGUUUUAUUUAUCUAAUAUUUUCCAUCUUCUUUCAGAGCGAACAACCGAGAUUGGAAAACUAAUCGGCUCCUACCUUGAAAAGAAAAAUAAUAUAGAAGAUCACACUGUACAUCUUCUGUUUUCUGCCAACAGAUGGGAACAAGUGUAAGAACAAAGAUCAGAUGUAUUUUUGAUUACCAUAUGUAGUGUCUGUUAUCCAAAAAUAGGGACACUAACUAGUUUUUUUUCUUUAAUGCAAGAAACUUUGAGGAACUUUUGUUUUAUGAACCUGCAUUUCCCACUCAAUGCAGUUGGAAAUAAUUUAUAUUGAAAGGGACAGUCAAAGCAUCUACAUCUUAAAGCGGCAUCUCAAAAUUCUGACCUAUUACUGGAAAAAUAAAGAUUGUCUAAAAAAAAUAAACCUUAUGAAAUGCCUAGCAGGGUGGCUGGUGAUCUAUCGAAAUUCAUAAAUAUUUGUGGACACUGGGAUGAUGGUGACUCAGGAUAUUGCCCUUGCUGAAGCAUAUUACACGUCAGAUAUGGUUAAAAUUAUUAAAUGGGUAUAAAACUUAUUUAUAAUGGAUAUCAUUUAGUUUUCCAGUGUGUUAAAACUUAGUUUUACGAUUGACAUCGAUGUUAUCUGCUUCUCUAAUUAUUCUACUGUCUGAUUUCCAUGCACCAGACUGUUGUUUAGUUGCCUACUUGAGCUAUUUAUGUUGUGCAGUCAGGACAUAUUGUUCCUUGAUAUUUCAAUGUCUUUAUUUUAUUUGCAAUGACACCUUCAAUCAAAAAUUAUUUUAAAGCUUCACGAAAAUACAUCUUCACGAGGGUAAAACAUUGACUUUGGCUACUAACAAAUUAAGUUCCAGUAGCUGAAGGAGCCUGACCUGAUGAAGGUGCAGCAAGGUACACUGCAAGCAGGGCAGUCACCAUCUGGGGGCUAUGCAAAAUAGGAAAAUAAUCCAGAUGGUGCCACUUUAAUGAUGUAGUUCUGAGGCAUAUCUACUAUGUUUUCAGGGACACAUAUCACGUAUAGUUAUUGAUGGGCAGUACAUGAAAAGGGUUGGCCUGUAGUAUGUAGAAUUCAGAAGGUGUAUAAGAUUAAAUAAUUUAGGCAAUAAAGAAUCCUGUAGAAAAUGCAUUUUACUUACUGCAGGGCAAUCCUUUUCAUGCGUGUUUGUUAAAAUUACAAAAUGAUGUGUUGCUGAAAAAGCAGGGCAGAUAUGGUAACCCUACAUAGAUCCUGUGUUUGCAGUCUAACUGAUGUAAGCAUUGUGUUUUGCUUGUAAGAAAUGAUGCUUCUAGAGGCACUUCCUAAUGAAGACUCUCACCAAUUUUAUAAUCCUUCACAAUUCACAUUGUGUCACCUAAUUGAUUCAGUGCUUUUCUACGAGAAGCAUCCCGAGACUCUCACCAAUUUUAUAAUCCUUCACAAUUCACAUUGUGUCACCUAAUUGAUUCAGUGCUUUUCUACGAGAAGCAUCCCGAUGGCUGAGUGCAGCAAUUCAAUUGCCUGCUGUCACGAUUCGAGGAACCCAACACGCUGGCGCACACACACACACAGAAAAGGUGCCGUACCGGACCUUAGAGUGGCCGGGCUAAGAAUAAUCAGGUGACAAGCCAAGUAAAGGGAGCCAGAAAACGGGAGAACGAGAAACAAGCCGAGGUCAAAGGAGUGGAGAAGACAGGAUAAUCGGAAUAACGAGCCAAAUAACCGGUAACCAGAGAGCAACACAAGAACACUACGCUACAGGUAUCACAAGACCACAACAGGGCACUGAGGGACAGGAAAGGUAAGUAUAAAUACCCUAGGUUUAAUUCUGAAUGGAUAACUUCCAAUCAGAAUUAACAAUCACACGUGGGGGGUAUCUAUAACCCCCACUGUGAUUGUGGUACUGUUUCUUUAAUGCCGGGUCACGUGAGUGACCCCGGCGUUUACUUAAUUCCUGGACCUCCCAGCGUGCAGCGUUAUACAUGCUGCCGCUGGGGGGCGUGGAGGACGCUUGCGGCGAGCGGCACAGAGGUGACGCCGCUCGCCGACAGGUAAGCAGAGAGGAGACCGCGGGCGGCGAUGGACUGAGGGUGAGUGCUGCAAGUGGCGUGCAGCCUCGCCGCCCGCGGCUCCCUGACACCUGCCUAGUACGUCCUCAGUGCUCUUUAAGAAACAUUUGAUCGAACCAGAGAUCUUCCAGGUAGAUGCUCUUAGAAGAGGAAGAGUCGAUGCCUGGUGCUGGAUAAAAUGUUAAGUAACAUUCAAAAUAUAAUUUUUUUUUAAAUCUUGUCAUAUUGAAUUAUUUACUACAUUAAAAUAGUGUUGAAAGACAAUACAUAAUUUGCAUUUAGGAAAUAUGGUAUGAAAUGUAAGAAUAUAACAAGCUAAUAAGCAUGUUCAAUUUAAAAAAAAAAUAUAUAUAUAUAUAUAUAUAUAUAAACUAAAACACUAUACAGUUGCAAGAAAAAUUAUGUGAACCCUUUGGAAUUAUAUGGAUUUCUGCACAAAUUGGUCAUAAAAUGUGAUCUGAUCAUCUAAGUCAUAACAAUAGACAAUCACAGUCUGCUUAAACUAAUAACACACAAAGAAUGAAAUGUUGCCAUGUUUUUAUUGAACACGCCAUGUAAACAUUCACAGUGCAGGUGGAAAAGUAUGCGAACCCUUGGAUUUAAUAACUGGUUGACCCUCCUUUGGCAGCAAUAACUUCAACCAAACGUUUCCUGUAGUUGCAGAUCAGACGUGCUCAACAGUCAGGAGUAAUUCUUGACCAUUCCUCUUUACAGAACUGUUUCAGUUCAGCAAUUUUCUUGGGAUAUCUGGUGUGAAUCGCUUUCUUGAGGUCAUGCCACAGCAUCUCACUCGGGUUGAGGUCGGGACUCUGACUUCUGUUUAAGCCAUUCUGUUGUUUUACUUCUAUGCUUUGGGUCAUUGUCCUGUUGCAGCACCCAUCUUCUGUUGAGCUUCAGCUGGUAGACAGAUGGCAUUACGUUCUCUUGCAAAAUGUCUUGAUAAACUUGGGAAUUCAUUUUUCCUUCAAUUAUAGCAAUCCGUCCAGGCCCUGACACAGCAAAGCAGCCCCAAACCAUGAUGCCCCCACCACCAUACUUCACAGUUGGGAUGAGGUUUUGAUGUUGGUGUGCUGUGCCUUUUUUUUUUUUUUGCCACACAUAGUGUUGUGUGUUUCUUCCAAACAACUCAACUUUGGUUUCAUCUGUCCACAGAAUAUUUUGCCAGUAAUGCUGUGGAACAUCCAGGUGCUCUUGUGCAAACUGUAAACGUGCAGCAAUGUUUUGUUUGGACAGCAGUGGCUUCCUCUGUGGUAUCCUCCCAUGAAAUCCAUUCUUGUUUAGUGUUUUACGUAUUGUAGAUUCGCUAACAGGGAUGUUAGCAUUUGCCAGUGACUUUUGUAAGUCUUUAGCUGACACUCUAGGAUUCUUCUUCACCUCAUUGAGCAGUCUGCACUGUGCUCUUGCAGUCAUCUUUACAGGACGGCCACUCCUAGGGAGAGUAGCAGCAGUGCUGAACUUUCUCCAUUUAUAGACAAGUUGUCUUACCGUGGACUGAUGAACAGCAAGGCUUUUGGAGAUAACCCUUUCCAGCUUUAUGCAAAUCAACAAUUCUUAAUCGUAGGUCUUCUGAGAGCUCUUUUGUGCGAGGCAUCAUUCACAUCAGGCAAUGCUUCUUGUGAAAAGCAAACCCAGAACUGGUGUGUGUUUUUUAUAGGGCAGGGCAGCUGUAACCAACACCUCCAAUCUCAUCUCAUUGAUUGGACUCCAGUUGGCUGACAUCUCACUCCAAUUAGCUCUUGGAGAUGUCAUUAGUCUAGGGGUUCACAUACUUUUUCCACAUGCACUGUGAAUGUUUACAUGGUGUGUUCAAUAAAAACAUAGCAACAUUUCAUUCUUUGUGUGUUAUUUGUUUAAGCAGACUGUGAUUGUCUAUUGUUGUGACUUAGAUUAUGAUCAGAUCACAUUUUAUGGCCAAUUUGUGCAGAAAUCCAUAUCAUUCCAAAGGGUUCACAUACUUUUUCUUGCAACUGUAUAUUUGUUUAGAUAUCUAUAGCUUACCUUUCUGUUCCUUAUGUGAUUAUAUUGUGUGAGUGUGCAUUAUUUAGCACAAAAGCAUUUUGUGCCUCUUUUUAAUGCAUAAUAUAUAUUUGCUUUAAUUUUUUUUUUUUAAAAACAGUGAUAUUGAAGAUUUGUGACAGGUUAAAUUUAUACAGACACCUCUCUCAGCAGGUGUAUUUUGGAUAGAUAGUUUAGUACCCUGCAGCAGUUCAAAUCAUUACAUAUUGUAAGUAGAACUCAUCUAUAAGCAAAUAGUAGCAACACAGCCUAGCUGGCAGUAUUGUGAACUGAGCUGCAUGCAGCAAUUGGAGGAGUUGCAAACUGUUCACAGUCUGGCUUUAUAAAAGGGGAAGAGCAAUCAAGCUGGCUUUUGCAUGCACAAAGUGGAUCCAGAUAUGUCCGCUAGCUGAGAGUGGUAGGAGGGUACUCUGCACUAUAAACGUAGCAAUCUUGCAACAAUAUGGUGCUUGGUGGAUCAAUACUAUAUGGGUUUGUUGGUGGAGUUCCAAUUUUCAAGGUACAAAUGUGUUUAUACACACAAAUAGACCCCCCCACUGGAGCUAUUGGGCGCCCCGGCUUGGAAAAAACCACACUUCACCAAUCUAUGCUUGUCACGCAGUGCAUGAUGAAGCCGAAUGUGGAAGCCCUUGAAUUUGGAAAGUUUCACAGUGUUAAGGAAAUAAUCUGAAAUAACUGAUGAGGAAUUGAGACAAAUGGGAGAAGAAAAAAACUGUUUUUUAAAUAGGUUUUUCUCCCAAUGUAUACAUUUACUAGCAUGGGUGCCUAUAUUGUCCCUUAAGGAUGGCAACGUAUUAAUAGUAAAGGGAAGAUCAGCUUUACUACAAACUGAAAAAUGUGCUUUUCUCAGUUAGGUCAGCAGAGCCUGUUUUCUGCUCGAUGACAAUAUACCGCAUGCAUCAUGGUUUUAAAUCGCAUAAUUUAAAGCAUUUCAUGACACUUGUUUGAUUUGGAAAAACGUGAUUAUUUAUGGGAAAGAUUCUGCAACCUUUGUUACUGUUUGUCUAAUUAUUUUCUAUGUUUUGUUUGUAGUCCAAUGAUAAAAGAGAAAUUGGCAAGUGGUGUAACUCUAGUUGUGGAUCGAUAUGCAUUUUCUGGGGUAGCAUUUACAAGUUCUAAAGAGGUAAGGGUUUACUCACACAAAUGGGUUGCACUGAAAUAAGCUCCAUGACUUUAUUUUUAUUACUCUGGUUAUGCUGCAAGUAGGUUCCCGUGCAUUGCUUCCUUUGACAUAGUUUCUUUUAACAGCAGCAUUGUGCAAAAGCACAAUACAACUACAAAACCGUGUUGGUGGUAUUAAUCUUUCCAAUUUAUGUAUACACAGUGUACAUACAGCACACACAUUUUGUCAGGAGGUUUGAAACAUUGGUUAACAGUCCAUUAUCAAAAAAAGCUGUCGAAAAUCUAAUGGCAGUCAUUGUAUGGCUUUCUGUUUGUGUGCCUGUGAAAUAUUCUCUUUAGUUUUAUUAGAGAGAGAGAGAGAGAUAUAUAUAUUCUAUCCUACAACAAACCAAAGGGAACUGCACUCAGAAAUAAUGGCACUCUUGGUGCUCCACAGAACAGGAGUGGCACACUUCCAAAUAUCGAUAUUCAAAGUAGAAUCUGGGCACACAAGUGGUAGAAAUGUUUUUGUAUGAAGCAGAGCCACAAGACCACGUUUUGAGUCGAAAUGUUGUCUUGUGAGACUGUGCUCUAUUAUAUUAUUUUGCAUGACUUGUCAUGUUAUUUCUUACAGAUGUGCAUAUAUAACUGCCCGCGUGAUUCAUACUGUCCCUCAUCGCGCUUGGACAUUUUGUGGCAUUUAUAAUUGCGGUUUGUGUCUUUGCAGAAUUUCUCUUUAAAAUGGUGUAAGCAGCCUGAUGUGGGAUUGCCAAAGCCAGAUCUUAUUCUCUUUCUGAAUCUGAGUCUUGAAGCGGCUGCUGCUCGGGGAGGUUUUGGUAAUGAACGAUAUGAAACAAAUGAUUUUCAAGUACAGGUACACAAACGUUACCGGGAGCUUAUGGAGGAUAAAUCCCUUAACUGGAAGGUAAUAUGUGUGUAAAUCAGAAUUUGGCUCCUAAAGACCCUAUUUAGUGUUUGCAUCUGUAGACACCCUUCUGUCACUACAGGUUAGAGUAUUAUGGAAUUAUUUUGCUAUUGAUCAUUAUGGGGUUAAUGUAGUCUACUUCUAUAGAAUGAAUGAUUCUCUAUGGCUAACCAUGAUGGAACUGCGCAUGACGUCACUGAAUGAGUCAGGCUUUCAUAACCAGAGGGCUUGGAAGCGUGGCUUGAAGUCACGCUCCCAAAGCCUGUAAUUAGUGAACUAAAGGGUUUUAGGAAGUAGGAGAGGGGGGCAGGACUUCAUGCACUAUAACCACUUCAAUAAAAUGAAUGUUACAGUGUCCAUUUAAGACUCCAUUUUACUGUAAGGUGGUAGUGUACAGGUGUGAUUUUUGUUUUUCCUUAACUAAGUAAUGGAAGUUGAAGUUUCUGUAGUUUGAAAAUCUUAUAUUUUAAAGUGAAACUAACUGUCAAAAUGUUUAUCUAUUAUUCAUAGUUUGUUUUGUUUUAAUUCUGUAUAAAGGUGGAUAAUUAAAGUAUGUAAACUUUGUUUUUUACAAUCACCUACCUAGUUUACAUACCAUCUUUAGCAAGCAACUCCAUCUCUUGUUUAAAUGCAAAGGGAUUUCUGUUCUAAAAACACUUUUGCAAUCAGACAUUUGUGUUUUGUUCAGGUAAAAUGCUUAGAGGAUAUCCGUUAUCCUCAUUAUUUUAAGAAUUGGAGCAAUAAGUUAUCCUAUACAAAGUGUUUUAAAAUAAAAAUGCACAGCUAGCUUAAAUUAUAUCUGUAAAUUCUUUAUUUUUUAGCUGGUUGAUGCUUCUCAGAGUGUAGAUGACGUUCUGAAAGUGAUUACAGAGCUGAGCGAAGGAGCAAUUGAAGAGGCAAAGACUCGGACAAUAGGCAAGCUCUGGGUGGAAGAGUGACUUUUUGGGGUGGAGAGGGGGGAGAGAUCAUGAUUAUCUGAACUGGUGCAACAAAUCUAAAUGAACUAUAUUACAGUCCUUAUUUAGUGCCAUUUCGUACCACUACAGUAUUCCUGGCCUUAGCUCUACAAAGGUCUCCCCUCCCCCAAUUGCAAUUAAAUUUUUAAACAGCCCAAGGCUCCCUUCGUGCUGCUUACCUUUCCGUCUCCUAUGUCAACACUGAGGAGGAAUGACCUUCUUUACUAUGGUAUAAUCUAUUAUAGAUAUUUAGGACCUAAUAUGUGUGUGGUGUGCUCAUUUAAGCUGCCCCAUAGGAAAACAUUGAAUCAACGGUUUCCUAUAGGGGCCUUGUGCCACGUGAUCAGGUUUUACUUUUGUCAGUAAAGUGUAAGUGCCUCUCGUGGCUGUCUUAUUGACAGACACUAGAGGUGGAUUUAACUUUGUAAUGUAAAUCUUGCAGUUGCUUACAAAAAUAACUGCAUUGUAUGAUUAAAAUGACAGUGACACUCUCAAUGAAGUAGUCUGAGUGCAAAGUGGGCUGGGUCUUAGUGUUACUUUAAAUCUGAAUAAAACCUAUUGUGAAAUUUUUACUAUAAUGCUUUUUGAUCACUUAGGUGUGGAAAAUGUAUGUUGUAAAGGAUUGAUAUCAGUAGAUCUACACCACACAGCAUUAUGGGGGGGGGUUAAUAUUUAUUUGUCUUUAGAAUUUGGUUUAUAUUUACAGUAAUCUUGCCUUUCAUUGUAGUAUAAUUAAAGGGUUAGUCUAAGCAUCAUAACCACGUUUUGUAAUUGUUAUGAAGCAAGGACGGUACCCAGCAACCACUCUGGGCCGAGUGGCUCAUAAGUGCAGGAUACCACAAAAGAAUUUAAUUAUUUUUAUCAGUUUUGAAUUCAUGGUUGGCAGCUUUGAGCACUACAUACCGUCAAGUUCACAAAAAUGUGAACAAGGCUAUGUAUAAAAGGAUAACAGCUUCACUAUGACUGCCACUGGUUUAUAUACACUGAGUGAUACAAUACUUUGUCAGGCUGCGAGUACUGCUUCCCUGGAAUAGGUAUCUAAUGGAGGACAUAAACCGUGCAUCCAAACCACUGAGAACUGAAAAUGUAUUUUUUUUUUAUUUAUUUUUUCUUCUCAAUUCCAUAUGCUGUUUACUUACAUCUAGAACUAGCCAUUUACCCAGAAACUUGAUUAUUCAUACAAAAAUACUCAUGCAAAAAUGUUACAAGAUAAUCAAAUAAUUGCUUGACCGAUUUUUACAGCAGCAAUUCUGAAAUGCCCUUGUUUAUCAACAUCUAAAAUUAUUCUCCUGAUCUAUUAGCUUAGCUGAACAAAUAUUUUUAAUUGCUGCUUCAAAGAUUAAGUCUUGACUGCUAACUUUUUACACACACAUAACAUCGUCAAACCUGGACUCUGUAUAUGCCAUUCUGUCACAAAUCCUUGAUCUACUCCUUUUUAAAACUAUUAGAUAUGGCAUUAAACUGCCGCAUGUUUUCAGUAAGUUACAGGGAAAAAAUGUUUCAGCAUUUGGGGAGAUCAGUACGUUACAGGGAAAAAAUGUUUCAGUAUUUGGGGAAAUCAGCCUUCUCCAAAGGAGCCAGAUGGUGCCACAGUAAUUGUAUGUCGUAAAGAUUAGCCCGAUGCUUUAUUGGUGUUUUCUUCUGAAGCUGUGACGAUGCAGGGAUAAAAAAAUUCCAUAUUAACAUAUUUUGUACUAAAUAUGUUGGCAUUUAAUGCUUAACCCCUCAAGGACACAUGACAUGUCAUGAUUCCCUUUUAUUCCAGAAGUUUGAUCCUUAAGGGGUUAAAUAAUGCUUAGACUAUCCUAGGUAAAACAUGAAAAGUCAUUAGCAAUUUUGAUAUUGCUUGAUUUCACACUAAUAACUCAUGCACAAAUCUCGAGUGUAUACUUGCAUGGUGCUGUGGUUGACCAGUCUAUUGGUAUAAACUGAAGCAGAAUACCAUCUGCACUGAAAGGUAAGCGUUAUAAGCAGAACCUUCAGACUGUGGUUGUGGCAGAUUUUAAAUUGUAACUGGGAUUCACACCAUUAUUCACUUAAAGGGCCACUAUAGGUACCCAGACCACUUCAGCUUAAUGAAGUGGUUUGGGUGCCUGGUCUAGCUAGGUUUAACCCUUUCUUCUAUAAACAUAGUUUCAGAGAAACUGCUAUGUUUAUAUUAGGGUUAAUCCAGCCUCUAGUGGCUGUCUCGUUGACAGCUGCUAGAGGCGCUUCCCACUGUGAAAAAUCACAGUGAGAAGAUGCCAGCGUCCAUAGGAAAGCUCUUGCUGUGCAUGCGCAUUCAGCCAAGGAGGAGGAGAGUCCCCUGCCCAGCGCUGGAGAAAGAGGUAAGUUUACCCCUUCCUCCCCCUAGAGCCCGGCGGGAGGGGCACCCUGAUCCUGGCACUAUAGUUGUCCUUUAAAUAAAUUCUCCAAGCACCAUGAAAACUUCAAUGAUUUAAAAUGAUCAUGGUGCCUGAAGUCUGUAUGUGCAGUGUUUUGCUGUGAAAUCUGGCACAUUUUAACCCCUCCAGUAGUGUCAUUCAUGCAGUUACAUCUCACGUAGUACAAAUACAAAAAGAUAAGUCCUGCGCUCACUCCCAUCACUACUGGGCCGGCAGCAAUGACUACAGUACACAUCAGCCCCAAUAUAUAGUAAAAACCAAAGAAAAAGUUCCCUGCGCUCUCUCCUUAAUCCCUAUGUAUAUUUAGACAAAUAGAGGUCAUUUAGUUGCCGCAAUGGCCAUUGGAGGGAAUGCCCGCCUGCCAACGUCAAGGCAGACACCACCCCCCCUAAGCGGGUCCUAACACUGACCCUUCAGCCUGCUACCUUGAGCUUCUGGCAAAGAGAUCUCUAAUGAGACAGAGGGAUAUUUUUUAUAUACACCCCUAUAUACUUAUUAACCCAUAAUAGGGAACACAUGGGAUAGGCGGCAGCAUUGUAACAAGGCUGUGUGAUACAAAG